AUGGAGCCUCAACAGUUCUCACACAGUCAUACAGACACCUUCGUACACGUCCUCUACCUCCUCCUCUACCUCAUCUUCCCCUCUCCUAGCAGUCAUACAGACACCUUCGUACACGUUCUCUACCUCCUCCUCUACCUCAUCUUCCCCUCUCCUAGCAGUCAUACAGACACCUUCGUACACGUCCUCUACCUCCUCCUCUACCUCAUCUUCCCCUCUCCUAGCCGUCAUACAGACACCUUCGUACACGUUCUCUACCUCCUCCUCUACCUCAUCUUCCCCUCUCCUAGCAGUCAUACAGACACCUUCGUACACGUCCUCUACCUCCUCCUCUACCUCAUCUUCCCCUCUCCUAGCAGUCAUACAGACACCUUCGUACACGUUCUCUACCUCCUCCUCUACCUCAUCUUCCCCUCUCCUAGCAGUCAUACAGACACCUUCGUACACGUCCUCUACCUCCUCCUCUACCUCAUCUUCCCCUCUCCUAGCAGUCAUACAGACACCUUCGUACACGUUCUCUACCUCCUCCUCUACCUCAUCUUCCCCUCUCCUAGCAGUCAUACAGACACCUUCGUACACGUCCUCUACCUCCUCCUCUACCUCAUCUUCCCCUCUCCUAGCCGUCAUACAGACACCUUCGUACACGUUCUCUACCUCCUCUACCUCAUCUUCCCCUCUCCUAGCAGUCAUACAGACACCUUCGUACACGUCCUCUACCUCCUCCUCUACCUCAUCUUCCCCUCUCCUAGCAGUCAUACAGACACCUUCGUACACGUUCUCUACCUCCUCCUCUACCUCAUCUUCCCCUCUCCUAGCAGUCAUACAGACACCUUCGUACACGUCCUCUACCUCCUUCUCUACCUCAUCUUCCCCUCUCCUAGCCGUCAUACAGACACCUUCGUACACGUUCUCUACCUCCUCCUCUACCUCAUCUUCCCCUCUCCUAGCAGUCAUACAGACACCUUCGUACACGUCCUCUACCUCCUCCUCUACCUCAUCUUCCCCUCUCCUAGCAGUCAUACAGACACCUUCGUACACGUUCUCUACCUCCUCCUCUACCUCAUCUUCCCCUCUCCUAGCCGUCAUACAGACACCUUCGUACACGUCCUCUACCUCCUCCUCUACCUCAUCUUCCCCUCUCCUAGCCGUCAUACAGACACCUUCGUACACGUCCUCUACCUCCUCCUCUACCUCAUCUUCCCCUCUCCUAGCAGUCAUACAGACACCUUCGUACACGUCCUCUACCUCCUCCUCUACCUCAUCUUCCCCUCUCCUAGCAGUCAUACAGACACCUUCGUACACGUUCUCUACCUCCUCCUCUACCUCAUCUUCCCCUCUCCUAGCAGUCAUACAGACACCUUCGUACACGUCCUCUACCUCCUCCUCUACCUCAUCUUCCCCUCUCCUAGCAGUCAUACAGACACCUUCGUACACGUCCUCUACCUCCUCCUCUACCUCAUCUUCCCCUCUCCUAGCAGUCAUACAGACACCUUCGUACACGUCCUCUACCUCCUCCUCUACCUCAUCUUCCCCUCUCCUAGCAGUCAUACAGACACCUUCGUGGAGAUCAAUGUGCCCUCCCUCCCCUCCGUCGGGCAGGCAGACCGUCUGCACUGUGUGUUCCCCUCCUAUAUGAGUGACGCUACAAUGUCCUCUGGCCAGGUCACCUGUGCCCUGCCCAGCCCUGACUCUUUACCAUCCACACCUGAACAACAGGAUUUUGUGGCGGUGCCCAUUAAGAUCUUUGUGAAUGAGUCUGUGGAGCUGGCCACCAGGGAGUUCAAGUUCUAUAACUGUUCAGCCACUGUGAGGAAAGCAGAAAACACACCGUGUAUGUCGUGUGUGGCCAGUCCAUGGGGCUGCCAGUGGAACACCCAGGAACACACCUGCCAGGACAUGGAUGGCACUGUGUUGGGCCCUCAAAUCAUCAAACACAGACAGGGGGCGAGGUGUCCCCAGUUUGAAAACCCUGAUCCUGUGCUUAUUCCUGUUGGGUUCAAAACCACCAUCAGCUUCGAGGGCAUCAAUCUGGAUGUGUACCAGGACCGGACGUUCACCAUCGGCACAGAGCUGAUGAGGAACUUGAAGGACGUCAGGUCUGAAGACGGGCCCUUCUACAGUUUCAGCGGUUUUAAUUUUUCCUUCGAUAAGUCACAGGAAACCAACGUUCUGUUCUACGUGAAGGACAAAGAGACGGGCAAGAAGAUAGACAGCACGCUGAAUGUGACCCUAUAUAACUGCUCACUGGGCCGGGAGGACUGCAGCCUGUGUAAGAACGCUGCUCCUAAGUACAGCUGUGUGUGGUGCGCCAAGAGAAAGUCGUGUGUCUAUGAGAAGCUGUGUAUUGACCAGGCCACAGAGGACCCGCAGGACACAGAGUGCCCUGACCCACAGAUCACUGACAUCAUCCCUCGCUACGGUCCCGUGAAGGGGGGCAUCUCUGUCACCAUCAAGGGCUCCAACCUGGGCAUCCACAAGGAGGACAUCAAGGCCGUCAGUGUGGUGGGGGUCCCCUGCAUACACCAGGAGGACAGAUACGCUGUCUCCACCAGUGUGGUGUGUGAGAUCGGCCCCUUGGACCCGCUGAGCACCAACUGGGGUCCGGUGGAGGUGGAGCUGGAGGGAGGGAAGAGAGGAACGUCCUCCGUUUUCUUCACAUACCGGGACCCCAUAGCCAGCUCGGUUCACCCCGACAAGGGCGCCAAGGCCGGGGGCAUGGUCAUUACCAUCUCUGGCUCCAACCUGGACACAGCCACCAGGGAGGACGUCACCGUCACCGUCGGCGGGGUGGUGUGCACUGUGGAGGCAUUUGGUGCGAACAUCACCUGCAGGAUGGGAGAGUACCGGGCAGACAAGGUCCCCUCUGACCUGCUCAUGGUCACGGUAAAGUAUGGGAAGAAUAGCACCACGGCCGUCCCCACAGCCUUCCAGUUCUGGGAGAACCCCAUCAUCCUGGACCACCACCCCAAGGGAAGCUUUGUGUGUGGUGGAAGGACUAUCGUGGUGACAGGAUCCGGGUUUGACCUCAUCCAGAACGCCAUUAUGAGGGUCCAGGCCUCGGCAGACGAGUGGUCCGGCAUGACUCCUACUGAGUACCUCCAGGAGGCUCUGAAUAAGAACGACACGGUUCUCCAGUUUCUGUCCCCUGCCGUCAACAGGUCCUAUGACACCCAGGUGUUCAGGACCUUUAUCCAGCUGGACAACUGGGUGAGGGAGCUCAAGCCCUUCGACUACCACCCCAACCCUGCCUUCAACCCCCUCAUCAAGAAGAUCAUCACUGAGACCUCCAUCAUCAUCGUCACUGGCCGAGGCUUCUCCAAGGCCAUGACAGCCAAGGAGGCCCAGGCGUUUGUGGGGGACAUCCCCUACUUUGUCAACACCCUACAAGAUGACAAGCUGUUCCUGGACCCCCCAUCCAGCCAGCCCUGGGCCCUCUCCAAACGCCACCGCAGACGCAGAGACACCAGCUCCGACCCAUUGGACCUGCUUAUUAAGUUUGGAAAUGGAGAGUGGGUGGUGGGCUCUGUGCACUACGAGAGGAAGAACGAGGUAUCUCUCUUAAUCAUCCCUGCAGUCAUCGUCCCCAUGCUACUCAUCAUCCUCAUUUCUGUCUACUGCUACAGGAGGAAGAGCCAGCAGGCUGAGAGAGAGUAUGAGAAGGUGAAACACCAGCUGGAGAAUCUGGAGGAGAGUGUACGAGACCGCUGCAAGAAAGAGUUCACAGACCUGAUGAUAGAGAUGGAGGACCAUACCAACGACCUAAGCGAGGGGCGAAUCCCCUUCCUGGACUAUAAGACCUACACAGACCGUGUCUUCUUCCUGCCCUCCAAGGACGGGGCCAAUGAUGUGAUGAUCACAGGCAAGCUGGACAUCCCUGAGGCACGGAAGGCAAUCGUGGCCCAGGCCCUCAACCAGUUCUCCAACCUGCUCAACUCCAAGACCUUCCUCAUCAAUUUCAUCAAGACUCUGGAGGGCCGUCCAGACUUCAACGCCCGGGCCAAGGUGUACUUUGCCUCCCUGCUGACGGUGGCUCUGCACGGGAAGCUGGAGUACUACACUGACAUCAUGAGGACCUUGCUGCUGGAGCUCAUGGGGAACUAUGUCGACAGCAAGAACCCCAAACUCAUGCUGCGCAGGUCGGAGACCGUUGUGGAGAGGAUGCUGUGUAAUUGGAUGUCCAUCUGUCUUUACCAGUUCCUCAAGGACUCUGCAGGGGAGCCCUUGUACAAACUGUUCCGAGCCAUCAAGCACCAGAUCGAGAAAGGUCCAGUAGACGCCAGAGUGAAGAAGGCCAAGUACACCCUGAACGACACGGGCCUGCUGGGAGACGACGUGGAGUACUGCGUCCUGACUCUGCAGGUGCUGGUGCACGGGGAGGGGCCAGACGUGACACCCGUCAAGGUGUUGAACUGCGACACGGUGUCCCAGGUGAAGGAGAAGAUCAUCGAGGCGGUGUACAGGAACCUGCCCUACUCUCAGAGACCCAAGGUGGACAGCGUCACUCUGGAGUGGCGCCCUGGCUCCACGGGGCAGAUCCUGUCAGACCUGGACCUGACGUCCCAGAAGGAGGGCAGAUGGAGGCGCAUCAACACGCUGGCCCACUACAACGUGCGAGACAACGCUACUCUAGUCCUGUCCCGGGUUCUUCACACUCAACAGAACUACGACCAGAACCAGGACAACCAAGAGGAGAGAAACUCCUUGUUGGACGACGACAAGGUGUUCCAUCUGGUUCGGCCUGAUGAGCUGGAUGAGAUGAAGUCUAAGAGGGGUAGCAUGAAGGACAAGUCCAUGACCAAAGCCAUCACUGAGAUCUAUCUCACACGACUGCUCUCUGUCAAGGGAACACUGCAGCAGUUUGUGGAUGACUUCUUCCGCAGCGUGUUGUGUUCCGGGGCGGUGGUGCCACCCGCCAUCAAGUACUUCUUUGACUUCCUGGACGAGCAGGCGCUCAAACAUGAAAAUGUGGACGAGGAGACCAUCCACAUCUGGAAGACCAACAGUUUGCCUCUGAGGUUCUGGGUGAACAUCCUGAAGAACCCUCACUUCAUCUUCGACGUCCACGUGACGGAGGUGGUGGACGCGUCGCUAUCCGUCAUUGCUCAAACCUUCAUGGAUGCCUGCACCAAGAGUGAGCAUAAACUCAGCAGGGACUCUCCAAGUAACAAACUACUCUAUGCAAAGGAGAUCUCCACCUACAAGAAGAUGGUUGAUGAUUACUACAAGGGCAUCAGACAGAUGGUAUCAGUCAGCGACCAGGACAUGAACACUCAUCUGGCAGAGGUGUCUCGGACUCAUACAGACAAACUCAACAUACAAGUGGCUCUGUAUCAGCUCUACCAGUACGCGAGCAGAUACUACGACGGGAUCAUCCAGUCCCUAGAUGAGGACCCGGCAGCCCAGAGUAAACAGCUCACCCUGCGGCUGCAGCAAAUAGCAGCCGCCCUGGAGAACAAAGUGACAGAUCUCUAACCUACUGGAAGGGUCAGGGAGAUGGAGGGAGGGAGAUGGUACCGUGCCUCCAGUGUCCACAGGGGCUUAUUUCUCCUGGCAAAGGAGAGAGAAACCGAGAAGAUGGCCUCACAGGGCCUUGGUGUUUGAUGAUGACACCUUCAACCCAGCAGGCCCAGAAUGUGGGACAGUUCAGAGUCUGCGGAGUGGCGCAGUAUGGGACCAAUGAAGCAAAGAGAGAGAUAGAUGAGGAUGGGUUACACAUGCCGUCAUAGGUACGCCUUAACUUAAGUCCACUUGCGAAACUGAAAUAGGUGGUCCUCAUUGCUCACUCUAGCUGUUCCCACAAUGCAACAGGGGACCAGCCGCCGGAAAUAAGCCCCUGUGUCGAUCACUCAUGGCACAAAGAGAUAAUCAGAUGUUCAAUUUAUUCCUGUGUAGAAAAGUUGUAAGAAUUGUAUUAUAUAUAUUUUUUAUUGUGCAGUCUUAAUGCGGAAAGCUUUACGAGGAGAUAUUAUCUUUUUAAAUGGACCGCCUUGUGGUGUGGAUUGUGUUUCUAUAGCCAGUGUGUGAAUGUGGGUUUGUGUGCGUGUGUGCGUGCACGGGAUGCCUACUGUCAGGCCAGAGGGUGGAUGCCCUAUCUGUCAUUUUAAUCUCCACUAGUCACCGACACACAGGAACCUGUUCUCCCACUGAGCUCCUCUACACAGACCAAAGGGUCAUGACUGGGACAGGCUAACUGACUGGGACAGGCUCUUAGAAAUGACAGGCCAUCAAUAGUGAUUUUUCAAAAUGAUCGGUUUUAUUUAUGUUCAGAAAAUGUGUUCACAUGCUUCAGAGCUCGAUCGAAUGUUGUGGCUGCCAAUAAACCCUUAGGUCCUUACAUUCAGAGAUCAAUAGCACAUCCGUUUCCCCUUGUUGGAGUACAUACUAACACAUUCCACUGAAACUUAAGCACUGUAUGUAUUCAAGGGUAAAAAAUGGCUACUUUUGACAACCUCAGUUAGUUUUACCCUGCAGUACCCCCCCCCCCCCGAUUCUGUGCAAGCAAAAUAACAGAUAAUUGAAUAUAUUUUGAAUAAUUCCUCUAUGUAGCCAGUCAAGCAUACAUAUUUAAUAACAGCCUUGCAAUAACAUCCAAACUUUCAGACACAAGCAAUGGGGAUCAUUCAUAUCCCACUCGUGUGUUACUUUAUAGAAUAUACCAUUUGUUGUUUAGCGUUUCAUCUUCAGUAACGAUGCAGCAAUACUUUAUUUAGGACAUGAGUAAAAAUAUGCAGAGGUGGAAAUAGAAAUAAUAUGACAGGAGAUAUCGUACAGUAACCAACUUACUAAGUAAUAUGCUGUUAAUAGUGUUUUGUGUUUCCUUAUGCCGUUGUAUGCCAAAUUACCACUGUCAUAAUAUCCCAUAGUUAGUUACGUGUAAGCUUCAAACGGUACUAAAUAGAAUGGUACUCUUUUCAAUGAGUAAUGAUUUUUACAACAUGCUGUGUCACAAGUCAGGAUAAUUCAUGGUCAUAAUAAUUCAUUGCAAUACAAAUUGAUAUGGCAUUCAAGUAGGCCAUAGUUGAGCUGGUGCCUGAUUAUAAUUUGGAGAAUUUUUGCCAAGUCAAAUCAGUUACAUUUUCAAUGUUCAUCUUUCACGCGACCACAGAUUUGUAAUUUUCAAGCUCCCUGAAUUUGACCAUCAGUCAGUGUGUGGUCUAGUGUCAGAAUAGAUGUUUAAGUUCCAGACCCCAGAAUGUUAGUGAUAUUCCUGCCUUUGGUAGAGUGAGGUUUGCACAGAGCCUGUGCCUGCCUGUCUCCACAGCAGCUAGCCUGGCACCCUGGCCAAGCCGCACUUGGCACUGCCCACUCAGCACAGAACGGAGUGGCACACUGCAUAAUGGCAUCAGUGAGGGAUGUUUUUGCUCUUAAUUGCAUCCAGUCUGCAUCCUCCUCUGACGCUGUUGUUUACCACAGCAGAUUCCACUCCUGACCGAGUGAUGCAAAAGCUUUUUUUCAAGCCUUUCUUUAACCAAAACGUGCCUUAUAUGAUGAUAAUAAUAUCAUUUGUAUUGUUUUAUUGGUGAUAUAACUAAGCGAUUAUAGUAAUAGAAGACACAGCAAUGUAUUUGCGAUUGUGAUAUGUUUGUGCUAUCAAAUGCUACAGUUCUGCUGCAGUCAUUGCGUGCCAAUAGGCUGAAAACAUUUCAGUAUACUUUCUAUGGUUGCAGAUUUGAUGUGUGCAUUUAUUUUGGUGUCAGUGGUGUGUGUGUGUGUGUGUGUGUGUUUUAGUAGGAUCAUGAUGGCUAUGGCAACAGCCCAAAUAAGUGUAAAGCAGUAGCCAACCCCAAACGGUUUCCCCCUAAAAUGUCUGGCAUUCCUAAAUUAGUCUUAAGACAAAGUUACAAAUGUAGAAUAUUGAGUAUAGCACAAAUUGUUCCAAUGGUGUUUUUGCCCCGUGAUUCUAAGCUGUUCCUCUGUGUGUAUGAAAAACAACUAUCUAUACUCGACAAUUACCUUUCUUACUGCUGUGCAGUAAUUAUUUUAAUUUCUCGUUUCCUAUAACAUAUACCUUUGUAAAAAGACAACAUGUUGAAAUACCGUAUUCUAACUGUAUAAUCCUAUGCAUUGAGUCCCGGGGGGGAAAAAACAAUUUGUUGUGCUGUUGUCGAGAUCUUUCCUUUCCUUGUGAACGUGCCGUGACUUAAGAAAAAUGGGACAGGAAAUUAGUGCAGGACCUUAAUGAAACCCAACAUUUUUCUCAUCCAAGGCAGCUCAGAAGACGUCGAUCAUGUUACCUGAUCUGUUUGUAAUGGAUCACUCACUUCUCAAGAGGCUUGUGUGGAUGGGGCAAUUACAUACAGGUUGCAUCAUCCACUCCUCCAUGAAUAAACUGAGACAUCCAUG